AUGACGGAAGUUGAAAUUGUGGCAAUGCCAUUAGAUACCACGUCCAAACUGCUGCUGUUGACUCCCCCUCAUCGCAUCAACUCCGAGAGCACCUUGGUGGAAAAGUACCAUUUGCAUAAUCAAUGCUUCUCGCCGCCUCCCAACCCUUACAAAUAUAGACCCAUCUCCAAGCGCAUAGGGGAAUUUAACGAAAAGCUCGAGUCAUGUUUGGGGGGCGACGCGUAUCUUCUAAGCUCUGAGUCGCAAUUGCUGGAGCUUCUUGAUCUCUACUAUUCAAACGAGAACCCAUUGCCUCUGUGUAGUGAAAUGUUUCCAUAUUUACAUGGCUUGACGUCGAUCAAGCAACGGGCAUACUAUCAUCCGGACUUUGAUGUCGAAAGGGACUUUCCGAUCUUGUCUCUCCCAAAUGACGAGCUAGUCGAGAAGUUUCCUCAAUACAAAGACCUCAAUCUACCAAACGAUGCUUUUCAUCUCAUGACUGUGAACACGUUAGAAUCGCCCAGUCCUUCGCUCAUCAAUUCCGUUUGCAUGGACGAUCUCUUGGCAUUGCGCCCCACCUCGUGCUGCAUGACUGUUAGUGAUGAACUUGAACACACCUUAUACGAGCCUUUUGACUCAGUGUACAGAUUAGUUCUUGAACAACGCGACGAAUUGAAUAAUCGGAAUUAUGAUCAGCAAAUCAAGCUCAUGGCUCCGUUAUCCCACUUCCUCUUAUACAACGACGAAGGAAAUCUGGGAAUAAAUCAUGAUGCUGCAAAACUCAUAGCCUCGUUGAUGGGCUCGAAUAAGCAUCCUAUAUACAUCGUGGACUUUGAACUAGACCCUCGGAUUGAUGUACAACGAUACAUGAACAAGAACCUUCUGUUCCCAUUCUGUGAUCCGGCCAAUGAAAAUGAAAAUGUCAAUCAUAAAGACCGUCUUUCCCUGAUGGAGCAGACUCUAAUGUGGCAAUUAAAUAGUAUCAAUUGUGUGUUCAGUGGCCUCUAUGUGGGAAAUGCGCUCAACUAUCACCAGCUCAUGAUCAGCCCCGAGAUUUCACCUGUGGAAUUCUCUGUCCUCGUGUGUUGCCACGAUAGAGCAAGGUUCCCGUCUCGAAAAACCCUUGAAGCGGCAUUACUGGCAAUGACUGGUCAAACGCAGAGCAGUGCGCCAGUAACUUUGGAAUUUCCAGACUCGAUAGCAAGAUAUGGAAACAGCAUUUCUGAAGGGGAAUUGCUUAAUUUUCUUAACUUUCUCCGCUUCCUUAAGGUUGCCCUUCGCUGCAAGAAGAAUGUGUUCGUUUAUUCCUACGAUGGUUUUGCAGGUUCCACAUUAUUAUUAACCAGCUACGCAUUAUACACCAAAUUCAACCAACUUGAGGAAUGUCUCCUCAGAAUGUUUCUGAAUGUUAAGCCAAAGCUUUGUCUUACUAAGGAAGACUUUCUCUUCCUCAGAACUAUCGAUGGAUACAUUAGGUGGUUCAAGAGAUACACAACUAAGCACAAAGAUCUUUUGUUCGAUACCCCCUUGGAAACAAUAGCUCUAGAAUCAAGCAACCAAAAGAUCUCAACAAGCAUGGACUGGUUUCAAAACGCGGCGGAUAUCAAUUUCCCUUCGCACAUCAAUGGUAGUCACUUUUUAGGCUCAGUCGAGCAGGCCUCGUCUUUAACCAUUCUCUCCUGCCUCAAUAUCAAGAAAGUCAUUUCCAUUGAUGAAAGACCUGCCUGGUAUUCAAACUUAGAUUGCAUCUUCCAGCACGAAGCCACUGAAGACACAACUUCGGCGGUCAUCAAACCCAUUUUCACAUUCAACGAUGGCAAGUCGUUGAUUUAUGAAGUUCCUAUUAACUCCGACGCCACGAGAUCCAAAAUUUUUAAGGAGAAUACUGCAUUUCCCAAUUUAACCUCUUUCGUAUACAUAUACAACAUUCGGGACGAUGGAAAGGACUCAUUCACCCAAUUGCUUCAGCAGUGUCCCGAAGAAAUCCAACAAAAAAUCUUGGUGGACCCAAGAAACGAAGAGAGGGUAUUAUAUCAUUGUCGUGUUGGAGUUUCACGCUCUGCAACGCUUAUAAUAGCUUCUUUGAUGAAGUACUUCUGUAUCAAUUUCAUGGAAGCAUACUUGUAUGUGCGGGUACUGAGAUUCAAUAUGAUCAUUCAGCCGAACCUCCGAUUAUUCUACGAGCUUUUCAUGUACGAUCAGCAUCUCAACGAGCAGAAGGAAGACUUUCUCCAAAGGAAGCAGUGUUGGUGGACGGUCUGUGACCAGAUCCAACGCUUGAAUAAGCCUUACUUAAAGUAA